AUGUGCGGGAGUUCGCCUCGCUCGCCAGCGGCACGAUCACCGGAGGUGGCUGGGGUUGUCGCGGCGGCCGGGGCGGCACAUGAGCUUUACGAUGCCGAGUGUGCCGGGGCGCGGCUCUGCCGGGCCAUCGAGGCCGGGGAGGAGCCCCUGCCGCAGGGAUCCGACGAUGUGGCGGACUUCCGGCUGUUCCGGCGGCUUGCCGGGCCCCCUCGGGCAAGUGGCCCCCUGGUGGAGCUCGGGCUUGCUGGUCGGCUGCUGGGGCUGGGCCGGGCAUCGGGGCAAAGUCCGCUGACGCAUCGUGGCCGGGAGGUUGGCAUUGCGCCGGCCCGGCGAUCGCGGCAUGCGCCCCUGGUGACGGGGCCGGGCCCGGGGCAUGCGGGCUUCGAGGAUCUGAUGGACCGGGCCCGGCGGGGUCCGCCGGUGCUGGCGCGGCUGGCCGGCCCCGGGGCCCCUCCCCCGGGGGUCAAGGACGCGCUGCUGCCCGAGCCGUGGGUCGCAAGGAUGGAGGCACUGCGAGCUGCAUCGGUGGCAGGGGGUGCAGAUGGUGCCGGUGCCCCUGGUGGCGAUGAUCCGCACAUUGACCGGCGUGUCUUGUGA